AUGGAGCGUCUCCGACGGUCUCGUCGAGAAUCGGUCGAGGCGGCUGUGACUCAGGUCUUCGACUCGGUGAAUGACUGGUAUGCUCCUCGCCUCCAUCGCUUGUCGGAGUUCGUCGCGCAGCGGGACAUGGUUGAAGCCGCUGUGGGGAGGAGGCAAGUCGACGAAGCUCUCCUCGACUUCGUGAAGAAGAUCCGGGGAGUGGAUCUGAACUUCGACGCGAUGGAGGAGAAGCUCGCGGCUAAGCUGGCGAAGAGUAUCGCGGAUGGGGAUGCGAUUGACGAAGUUGUUAUCGAUGAUGAUGACUUCGCUCCGCCUAACAGCCUUAAACGGCUGGUGCUGCCGGGAUCUCCUUCUCGUCGAGAUGGGAUGGUGCUGAUCCGGCGACGAGCUCUAGAAACUCGAUUUAUGCUUCCGACUUCAAAGCUUCGUGCGGGUGACGAGGUAGCGGUUUUUCGCUCGUCCGACGAACUGAGAGCCGUGCGAGGUGCGUGCUCUCGGCUUAAUGAAUGGGUGAUCAGUCCAUGUUUUUAG